GAGCCAAUGCUUCUGGCCCUGUUGAAGCGGAGGGAGGGGACGUCAGAGGCCCUGGUGAAGGCCAGACAGCAGGCCCAGGAGCUGAGGGCCCGUCGGGGACCCCUGAGGGAGGAGGGACAGAGGCUAGGGCUGCAGAGAGCCUGCCUGGAGGAGAGACUCAAACUGAUGGAGACCCACAGGAGAGAGGACGUGGAGCAGUACAGGGAGACAGUGGACAGGCUGGAGGASACUAGCAGAGAGCAGAAGAUGGAGCUACAAAUGCAGAAAAGGAAAACCAAGGAGAUGGAGGAACUGAGAGACAGUCUUACUAAAGAACUCUACCUGUACAGAGGCAUUGUCGAGGACAGUAACAAGAAUGAUCUAGCCAGUGUGAAGGAGGAAACAUGACCACUGGGACAAAUAGAAGUACACUGAGUGUACAAAACAUUAGGAACACCUGCUCUUUACACUGAGUGUYCAAAACAUUAGGAACACCU